GGGCCGUCAGCUGGCUUCUUGCCCCGGCCGGCCACAUCCUUCCUGUUGGAGGCUGGGCUGGGCCCUAAGCCGGCUUCCUUAUCCCUUUCUCCUACAUUCGGCUCUCCUCCUCUCCUCCGGUGCCGCUUUCGGUCUUCCAGAUUGCAGCCAAUGGCGCCACCGGCGCGGCCAUCCAAUGCCACGCUUCUUGCGCGGCUCGGGGAGGGCACGGCCAGGUUCGAGCUCCUCGAGGACCCCGCACCUGCUCCCGCGCCGCCGGUUUGGCCCCGCCUCCACUGCUUCGCCAGGAUUGGCUCCUCGCUGAGGGGCGGGUGGUCGGCGGCGUUGAACAAGGUGGAGCACUACGGGGUCCAGAGAGUCACCGGCGAUGGCCGGUGCAUGUUUCGAGCCUUGGCUAAGGGAAUGGCAAAGACCAGGGGAAUUCCAUUGACCCCAAGGGAGGAAGUACAAGAUGCAGACGACCUACGGCUGGCAGUGAAAGAGGUUAUAUGUGAUAACCAAACCGAGCGUCAAAAGUAUGAAGAGGCGAUUAUAGCUAUUACAGUGGAUGAAUCUUUGAAACGCUACUGCCAAAGGAUAAGGCGACCUGAUUUCUGGGGUGGAGAGUCAGAACUCUUGGUUUUGUCUAGACUGUGUCGGCAACCAAUCAUUAUUUACAUUCCGGAGCGUGAGUACCGCGGACGGGGCAACGGGUUCAUCCCAAUUGCGGAGUAUGGGUUGGAGUUUACCAAAGACUCGAAAGAGGGGAAGAAACGGGUGCCGGUGAGACUAUUAUACAGUGGGAAGAACCAUUAUGAUUUGCUGAUAUAAAAUGGGCACAUGAGAUCUGCCCCGAUGAAGUAUCAGAAUGCCGGCAGCCACCGCCCAUCUGUGGCGCAUGCACAAAUUCCCCGUUUACUUUCCAUGGUUACAUCCUUCGAUCCUGCUAUGCUCCUGCUUGUCAGUUACGAUGCUGUAACAGCUGUUUCGUCGAUUACAGUCAUGGGCAUUUGGGGAAUUUGUGGAUUUGGAGCUAGAAGAAUUAGCACUGACCUGAUGAUAGCGCCACGCGAGCUAACUAUGUGCUGCUGCAUGGUGCAAUGCUGUUUUGGCAGUGGCAGUGAUUUGGUUGGCGUGGUGCCGUGGAGUUGUUGAUUGCGUUUCCGGUUGGUGCCGGGCAGAAUAAUGGUGCGUUGGUCGCACUCGCACUCGGUGGUUGACGAUUGGACUUGCUUCAAAUCCAAUCAUUAUGUGAGUAUGUGAUGGUUAUUAGGUA